CUGUUUCCUGUUUCCUGUUUCCUGCAGACGGCCAGCAGCUGACGGACAGUCAAGAAGAGGUUCCCCCCAGUUCAGACCAGGAGGACCCAGCAGAACCUCCACACAUUAAAGAGGAGCAGGAGGAGGCAUGGAGCGGUCAGGAGGAGGCGACAUCACUUCCUGUCCCUGUGAAGAGUGAAGAUGAUGAUGAAGAGAAACCUCAGUCCUCACAGCUUCAUCACAUGGAAACAGAAGCUGAUGGAGAUGACUGUGGAGGACCAGAACCAGACAGAACCUCAGAUGCAGAACCAGACAGAACCUCAGAACCAGACAGAACCUCAGAUCCAGACCGUCGGUUCUGUUUGGACCUCCUCAGGAGAAACUAUUUGAACAGUUCUUGUGAGAAACUCUUCAGCUGCUCUCAGUGCGGGAAAGUGUUCAACCAGAACUCGAACCUGAAGACCCACAUGAGGACUCACACUGGAGAAAAACCCUUCAGCUGCUCACUGUGCGGGAAAAGGUUCGGGCAGAAGGCUCACCUGCAGAACCACCUGAAGUGUCACACCGGAGAGAAACCGUACAGCUGUUCACUGUGCGGGAAAAGUUUCUCCCGGUUUGAACAUCUACAGCUCCACAUGAGGACGCACACCGGGGAGAAACCCUUCAGCUGCAGCGCCUGUGCUCAGAGGUUCACCUGGAACUACCAGCUCAAGAACCACAGGUGUGUCAGACCCGCCUCACGGCAUCAGGGAGUCUGGACUGGUCCUGGACAAGGACAGGCUGAGAUCAGCGAGCUCACGUUCAGUCCUGUCCCUGUGAAGAGUGAAGACGAGUCCUCACAGAGACAAACAGGAGCAGAACCAGCUAGAAACUCUGAUCCACGCAGUCCUGAGUCACAUGGACUCGCCUGUAACUCGCUCAUUGGACAGUUCUGGUGAUGUCAUCCAAGCUUUAGUGUCAAUUUACAGGAAGUCCAUGUAAGGACAGUUAGAUCACUUAGAGUUGGUUCAUCGUCUCCUGAGGUUAAAUCUCUGUGGACUGUCUGUACGUGUUGUGGUCCAGGAGCAUCUCAACAAAGUUUCAGGGACAUUUCAGGAGUGUGUUUUAAAUGUUGUUAAAAUGUUGCUUCAUGUUCUUCAGGAGGAAGUUUCUGCACAGGAACUUUUAUUUUGAAAGUUGACCUUUCUGUGUCUAAAUUCCUGUCAGCUCUGUCAAACUGAGAUUGGCCUGAAGUGACCAGGUAAAGGUGAUGACUCCCCCAAACAGAACCCUGAAGCUGAUGAAGGAAUCAUCAGCCGCGUCUUGAUUGGUCGAUUAUUCUGCGAUCUGAGAUGUUUUAUUUUGAAGGAAUUUAAACUGACUCAUCGUUUCCCACAUUGAUGUCAGAAUAAUUACUGAGUCUGUCUGUUUUUAUUUUGAAAGUGAGUGGACUUCCUGUCAUUUACAUAAAGCUGAAGCUGUCAUGUGACCGUGCGUCUGUCUGUCUGUCGAACACAGGAGCCGACACGGCUUCACUUCCUGUUCCUGUUGAUGUGAUAAACAAAUAAAACUCUUUGAUGUUUGA